AUGAUUCUCAACAAAGAUUUUCGAUUACGAUCAAUUUGUUCCGAUAUAAGUUCUCACUUUGAUACUGUCCAGCAUUACUCUGAAUUAAGCAUCACUAUGAAAAAGCUCAACGAUAUGAAACGUUAUAAAGAAGCUCUUACUUCCUUCCGUCGAAAUAAACAAAAUGGUAAAAUAAUCUCAGAUAUGGCCAUUAAUCAAGCAUUAAAAUCGUGUACAAAUAUGAAAGAUUUGGCCGUUGGUUCAGAUAUUCAUUCUCGUUACUGGUCACGAAUAGAAAACAACUCAUAUACUCUAGCUUCUUUGAUCCACUUCUAUGCUCAAAUGGGAAACUUUCGUCAUGUCCAACAUCUAUUCGAUGUAGCCAAAAAGAAAACAAAUGGAAUUUAUGCAGCCAUGAUGAAAAGCGAAAUAAUGUCAGAAAUAUGCUCAACAUUGAUGAUUUUUGUUUGUUUAGGCUACAUUAAACAAUGUAUGUACAAUGAAGCAAUAAACAUCUUCCGUGAAAUUGAAAAUCCCGAUGAAAUUAAUUUUAUUCAUUAUUUCAAUGCUUGUGCUGGAACUGAAUCGAAGGAAACCGUUCCACUCAUUGAAAAAAUUCUGUCCAAUCUUCAUACAUGCGACGCUGAUAAUUCAACAGUGUUGACGUCUGCUUUUGACGCAUUUAUCAAAUGCGGAAACUUAUCGCGAGCCGAAGAACUCUUUUCCAAGAUUACCCGAAAUGUGAUUAGUUAUGGGAAUUUGAUGAAAGCUCACAAUAAAAAUGACCAAGCUGAAAUUACUUUGGACUUAUUUGAACAAAUGAAAAGCGAUGGUGUUCAACCAGAUCCAAUUAUUUAUGUUCUUGUAUUGAAUGCAUGUGCAAAUCUAGGAAUCAUUUCUAUAUCAGAAGCGAUAAGUCAACAAAUUCCAGAUUGUCUUCUUGCAUAUCUCUACAUUAAAAAUGCAUUAAUUGAUAUGUGGGGAAAAUCGGCACGCGUAGAUAAAGCAAAGGACAUCUUUGAAUCAUUGGAUCAUCCAGACACCAUUGUGUACACAUCGAUGAUCAAUUCGUAUGGUUUGAAUGGAAUGGGUCUUUUGGGAGUUGAAUUGUUUUAUAAAAUGCCACCGAUAUUAAUUGCUGAAGAAACUUACGUCUGUGUUUUACAAGCAUGUUCACAUACUGGUCUUAUCAAUGAAGCGCGAGUGAUAUUUAAUACUAUCAAUCAGAAAACCGAGAAAAUCUAUACGGCAAUGGUCGAUUGCUUUAGUCAUGCGUUUCUCUUCGAUGAAUCACAGAAAUUGAUCGAUAUUUAUGAAUCCGAUCAUAUGCCGUCACCAACUAUGCUCACUGCCUUAUUAUCCGGUGCUCGUAAUAGAAAAGACCGUGACCUUGCCGAAAAGGUAUUUCAUCGUAUUGAAAAAAAUUCUUCUCAAUUAAAAAAUCGAUUAACGUCAGCCUCAAUUUUAUUAUCCAAUGUUUAUGCUGCAACGGGCGAAAUCGAGAAAUCGUCUUCUAUCAGAGAUAAAUUAUAUCGGUUAGGUUUACGAAAACAGAUUGGUCAAUCAGUGACCGCGAUCAAUGGCAAAUUAUACAAAUUUCGAGCACAUGAUCGAUCUCAUCCUGAAAUAGAUAAGAUUUAUUUCGAACUCGACAGAAUCUCCAAAGAACUCAUUGAACACAGACAUCUGUACGAUGCAAGCUGGAUCACGCGCCCAUUAUACCCAAACGAAACCAUUGCAUCUGUUCUUUGCGGACAUAGUGAACGCCUCGCAAUAGCUUGGAACUUUGUAGCAAAUCCAAAUACAUCGACAAUUCAAAUAACCAAAAACCUCCGAGUAUGCGGGGAUUGUCAUGAAACAACACGAUUAAUAGCAUAUAUUCAGAUGGUCAAUAUUCCUGCAAAAACUGUUUCUAAAGAUGUUAUUUUUCAACAUGUCGAUCCUUUUUCAUCGCCAUCGGAGACAAUUAUUGCAUGAGAUCCUCAACAGAGUAGUGGAAAAAGGCAAAUAAAUAUUCAAUUCAUUAGCUUAUUUAAAACAGUUCGAUCACAAUAUCUGUACACGACAACAUCAUUUUUUCCAUUUCUUCUUAUCAAGAACAAGUCAAAUUCGUGA